CUAUAAAAAGUUAUAAAUAUCAGUAAUCCCUAAGAAAGACGUGUAAAUUAUAAUCAGCUUUAUUUGUGUAAAAUUUCUUUUUGAAAUUUUAAAUUUUUACUUUAAUAUCAAAGCGUUCUAAAUAGUUUCAAAAAAAAAAUUGUUGUAUAAAAAAGGAAAAUAUUUAGAAAAAUUUAAGGCAUUCACGAAUAAGUUUCAACCAAAAUGGUUGAAUUAAUUAAAAUAACUGCGAUUUGUGUAUUGCUGAUUGGAUCUGUUUUGUGCCUGCCGGUUCAACAAGUGAAAAAAAGUGAAGAGGAGCAUCAAAAUGAAACAUCAGCAGAUGACAUUGAGAGUGUAUUGGAAUACGAAAGGUAUUUGAAAGAAGUUGUGCAAGCGUUAGAAAGUGAUCAAGAGUUUAGGAAAAAAUUAGAUAAAGCACCAGAAGCAGAUAUAAGAAGUGGGAAAAUAGCUCAAGAAUUAGAAUAUGUUAGUCAUCAUGUACGCUCAAAAUUGGAUGAAAUCAAACGAAAAGAAUUAGAAAGAUUAAGAGCUCUAGCAACUAAACAGUUUGAAUUAUCAAAUGACAUUGAUAGAAAUCAUUUAAAAGUACCAGAACAUGUGGACCAUAGGAAUGAACAUACAUUUGAAAUUGAGGAUUUAAGAAAAUUAAUUUUUAAAACGACACAGGAUUUAGCAGAGGUAGAUAAACAAAGGCGAGAAGAAUUUAAACAAUAUGAAAUGCAAAAAGAAUUUGAAAAGCAAUCUGUUUUAAAUGAACUUGAAGAAGAAGAUAGAAAGAAAUAUGAAGAAGAAAUCAGAAAACAGAAAGAAAAACAUGAUAAGCACGAAAAAAUACAUCAUCCCGGUAAUAGGGCUCAAUUGGAAGAGGUUUGGGAGAAACAGGAUCACAUGGAAGGAGUUGACUUUGAUCCAAAAACAUUCUUUAUGAUGCAUGAUGUUGAUAGUAAUAGAGUAUGGGACCAAAAUGAGCUUAAAGCACUUUUUGUAAGAGAGUUAGAUAAAUUAUACCAAUCUGGACUGCCGGAAGAUGAUAUGAGAGAAAGAGCUGAAGAAAUGGAGAGGAUGAGAGAGCAUGUCUUUGCGCAAACAGAUACAAAUCGGGAUGGACUUAUUAGUUUUGAAGAGUUUUUGGCGCAAACAAAAAAGUCUGAGUUUCAGAAGGAUCCGGAAUGGGAUACUGUAGAUAAAGUACCACAGUUUACCCAUGAAGAAUAUUUAGAAUUUGAAAGAAGACGCCAAGAAGAAAUCCAGCGCUUGAUUGCGCAAGGACAAUUGCCACCACAUCCGAAUCUUCCACAUGGGUAUCAUCCAAGGCCAUAUCCGCAAGGCCAGCCCCCAAUUAACCAGGGAUAUCAACAAGGUCAUCCGCAACAAAUGCAGAUUCCUCAACCAGUUCAAUUUAAUCCAAAUCAGCAAUAUGUUGUUCAAAAUCAACCACAACAAUUUGCUCAGCCAAAUCAACAAUUUGCUCAGCCAAAUCAGCAAUUUGCUCAGCCAAAUCAACAAUUUGUUCAGCAAAAUCCACAAUUUCCCCAGCAGGGCCAGCAGCAAUAUCCUCAACAAAAUCAGCAAUUUAACCAACCACAAGCACAACAACAAGGUCAACAGUUUGCCCAGCAAUAUAAUCCAAAUGCUGGACAACAACCUCAGCAACAAAAUCAGCAACCACAACAACAGCAAAACCAACAACCAUCCUCACAACAAAAUCAGCAACCACAACAACAACAAUAUAAACAACCACCUCAGCAACAAAAUCAACAACCACAACAACAACAAUAUCAACAACCACCUCAGCAACAGCCUCAAUACCAAUCACCGCCACAACAACCCCAACAAAAUCAACAAGCAGGAAGGCAGAAUUAACUUUUCAAUUAAAAAUUUUUAUCUGAGAUUUAGAUAAAAAUUUAAUUAAUAUUGCAUUUGUUUUUUAUUUAAAGGAAAUACUGUUGUAAAUACAUUUUGGUUUCUAAUAAAAAUUAAUUUCGAUAA